AUGAUUUCCAACUCCUUUAAUUCUCUACAUAGCCUCAGCAAAGAAGAGAAUACUGUUGAUUUUUUUAUAAAGACUUUGGCUAUGUCUGAAUAUGACUUUAGGUCAAUUUUGUAUGGCCUCUAUGUAUCAAUUCAUUCUCCAAUUUGCUUGCUGCUGAGCCACCACUCAGAGGGUGGGUGGGUCGCCAUAGUAUAUUAUUGCGUUAAUAAUUCUAUUAAAAAAAUAUUAAAUAAGCAAUAA